AGACUCAAGACUCAGGGCAUUCGCCGCGAGAGCAGCCGGGUGUGAAGCAGCGGUCCUGGGUUUCACGCUGGUCACCAUUUAGAGGGGGACAGGUGGGAGCCGCUCCCCGCUUCGGAUCUGGCCUUCAGCCCCCUCCUCUUUCUUCCAGCCCCAGCAAGUUGUAUUCUGCAGAGACAAGGGGACCCCAGGAUCUCCAGGGUCCCCAGAAGCAGAAGAUUCCUGGAGGGACUCCUCGCUUCCAGCAGCAGGUGCCACCACAGCAGGAUCUGGGGGAGACACCCCGUCCUUAGUUGAACCAUCUGUUUCCUCUUGGAGUCAUCAUGAGCAGUAAGAAACGCAAGUCACAGAAAAUCACAUUUGAUGCAAGGAAUAAUAUGAAGAUCAAACAUUACUUUUCUCAGAUACCCAAAGAGGAACAGAAUAGUCCCAGUACUUCUCAAAUGAAAGUAGAAUCUAGAAAAAGACCAAGUGAUAUAACUAACACCAUUGAGCAAACAUCCCAUCUGCCUAAGAGCAAGCCACAAGACCUGACCGCCACCCCAAAAAAGAAAAUUGAAAUUACCUUGGAUGUAAACAUCAGGAAACACAAAAGCAUGAAAUACACACUUAUCCACGAUGAGAAGGAGAGCUUAUACAAGGGACUUGUCACUCUUGACGCAGUCAAAACAGAGAUAGAUGCUCGGCCAGGCCAGGAAAUGCUGGUCCGUGGUACAAAAGGAAUCGAAGGGUACCUAAACCUUGGAAUGCCCCUCCACUGUUUUCCUGAAAAGAACCACGUAGAAAUUACAUUUUUUAAAAGUAGUAAUGAACAGAAAGAAUAUAAACAGAUGUCUGGCCGGCAUGACCACGCCUCUACUGAGUGUGUGAAAUUUUACAUUCAUGCAAUUGGGACGAGGGUAAAAAAGAUUGUUCGGUGUAGAAAGAUUCACAAUGAAAGAAGAAAACUCUGUGUCUUUGGUUUCAAAGGAGAAACCAUCAAAGACACUCUGUGCAAAGAUGGCAGAUUUUGUGCCCUUAUAGAGAAGGAGAGCUGGAGACUCAUCGGUGACCUGGAUUCCAUCAUCGAAAGCACCCAGCCCGUGGAUGAGCUGGAGGGCCAGCUCUUUCAGGUUGAGGUUGAAAGACAGGCAAAGCGGAAAGCAACAGCACCUGCUCCGAAUCUGGAGCCGGAGGAGAAGGUGCUUAAAGAGUAUAUCGUGGACGAGUACCCCAGUCUGAGAAGCGAAAGUAAAAAAAUCAGAGAAUACAUCAAGGAAAAAGCAGAACAAAGAAAGAAGGGAAAGAAGACAUCACUGUUUACACUGCAUAGGAGAAACUUUGGAAAACUGACCAAAAACUCGACUCUGGUGAAAGUCCACAAAUUUCUUUCCCAGCUAGGUGACUCUGUUGGGUUCCUACUGUGGGAUAAUAAUGGAAAUACGGGUUGUGCCACCUGCUUUGUGUUUUCGGGACCGUUCAUUCUCACUUGUCGGCAUGUCAUAAAUGACAUUGUGGGGAAAGGGAUAGAGCCAAGUCAGUGGGCAGACAUAAUCGGUCAGUGUGUCAAGGUGAUCUUUAGUUAUGAAGAGAGUCUAGUAAAAGAAGAGAACUGCUUUUUCCUUGAACCUUGGUUUCAGAUAUCAGAUGGAACUCUUGACUAUGCUGUGCUGAAACUGAAGGCAGAUGGCCAGCCAGUGCCCCUGGGGCUACGAGAUAAAAUUGCCCCUUUACCACUCAAUGGGUUGAUGUACAUCAUUGGCCAUCCACAGGGAGAGAGCAAGAGGACCGAUGCUUGUGCAGUGAUCCCUCAGAGUGAACGAGAACAAAAAUACAAGGAAAAUAUUCAGGCAGGAGAAGCAGUAGGCUGCAACUUUCCCCCACACUUUGUUCACAUGCACACGCAAAACAGUUUCCAGAAGAUAGCUCACAACCCUGAUGUGUUGACUUAUGACACUACUUUUUAUUGGGGAUCUUCUGGCUCCCCCGUGUUUGAUUCCCAAGGUUCCCUAGUGGCCAUGCACACAGCUGGCAUCACCUGUGAGUACCAGCAUGGGAUUCUCAAUAUCAUUGAGUUUGGCUCUUCCAUGGAAUCCAUCCUCUCUGAUAUGAAGCAGAAAGAUGAGGCAUGGUACAAUGAAGUGUGCGUCCAGCCACAGGAUGUGGAAAUGUUAAGUCAAGACUAUUGACUGCUGAGAUGUCAUUUAGCUUGCAGGGAAUUGUCCAUGGGGAUGUUAAUACAUAGGCUGUGAGGAUGGUUUUCUAGCUUCCAAACAGGCCAUAACCCAUAGCAUUGAUGUUUAUAGAACAAGCAUAUUGGGUAUCAGGCAUUUUUUUUCUAAGUCCAUGAAGGAACUGAUCUAAAGAACUUUAGGUGGUAGACUAUUAUACAUGUAUUCAAUCAUUUAUAACUAGCAGUAUGGGCUCCUGGAUAUACUUAAACUUUGGUGACAAUUCACUAUUGCUUUGUUUUACUGCUCAAAUUGUUCUCAUUUUGGCCAGGGUGAUUGCUUUUUUUAUUUUUUUGGCUGGUUCUGGGCUUAAACUCAGGGCCUAGGUGCUGUCCCUGAACUCUCUCAGC